GAGACUUUAAACCCUAGCCGCCGUCACACCCUCCAUUCUCUUCUUUAAAACCCUAACCCUCCUUCCAUCUUCUCGCUAUACCUCUCUCUAAAAUUCGAGAUCAUCCGCCGUUGCUUAGCACAGGAUGGAAUCUCAAGUGAAGCAUGCCGUGGUGGUGAAAGUAAUGGGUCGGACCGGAUCGAGAGGACAGGUGACUCAGGUGAGAGUCAAGUUUCUGGACGAUCAGAACCGGUUCAUCAUGAGGAAUGUCAAGGGACCUGUGAGGGAAGGCGACAUCCUUACCUUACUCGAGUCUGAAAGAGAAGCAAGAAGAUUGCGUUAAUUGGCUGCUCGUUGCUCCCCUGCUUCUCAAGUUCUUGCUGGUUUCUUCUUGUGGUUAGUCAAUGGCACUUUAAGUACUGUUGGUUUAAUGAAGUUUGAUUUUACAAUACAUGAGAAUUGAUGUCA